AUGGCGGCGAUAUUUUCCAAGUACGGGGAGCUGGUGAACUUCAUCAUUAGGCCCCCGAGAGAUAAUUACAAAGAAGAAGAGUUGGGCCCUCCCCUCUUCACUAUGGCGGGAAGGCUGUACAAACGCACAGACCUGGAAUUAGUCAACAGAAGGAACAUGCGGCUUCAGUGCAGCCACUUCGAGCCUGUUUUGUCGUCUCGCUCAAAAAAGAAACUCCCCUGCGUCGUUUACUUACACGGGAACUGUUCUUCUCGAAUUGAAGCCAUGUCCGCGCUGCCGGUGCUGCUGCCACAAAACAUAACUGUUUUUGCUUUUGACUUUUCCGGCAGCGGCAAGUCCGACGGGCCCUACAUCAGCUUGGGGUGGUGGGAGCGCGACGACGUGGACACCGUGGUGGAGCACCUGCGGUGUCUAGACACCGUGUCGGCUGUGGGGCUGUGGGGCCGCAGCAUGGGCGCCGUCACGGCUUUGCUGCAUGCAUGCAGAGACCCCUCCAUAGGCGGCGUGGUUUUGGACUCUCCAUUUGCUUCGCUGCGGCGCCUCGCCGAAGAACUCGCGAGCGUCGCUCUGCAGUUUGCGCUGCCGCAUUUCUUGCUUGCUGCGCUGCUGUCUAUGGUCAGAAACUCCAUAACGACAAAAGCUCACUUCGACAUUAAUCUCAUCGUUCCCAUAGACCACGUGGCAGAGGCCUUCAUUCCAGCGUUGUUUGUGUACGGCCGCGACGACAAUUUUAUUUCUCCGCAGCACGUUAAGGACCUCUACAGCGCUUAUGGAGGCGACAAAAAUCUAAUUGAAGUGGAGGGGGGGCACAACUCUCCGCGUCCGGCCUUCAUGCUGCACUCGGCUGCAAUUUUCUUUCGAAACACUCUUGAGCCUUUAGUGCUUUGCAAAAGGGCAGCUACACCGGCAGCAGCAGCAGCAGCUGGAGCAGCACCAGCAGCAGCAGCAGCAGAGGGAGGCCCUGAUGCAGAAGAAAGGGCAGUGGUGCUGCUGGACUGGGGCUUUGCUCAGGGAUGGGCAGCUGUGCGGCGCCGCAAGGCGCCUGCUGCUGCUGCAGCAGCAGCAGCAGCAGCAGAAAGAGCAGCAAGGCUGACUGAAGAGCGGCAAAUGGUGGAUGUUUACGCAGCAGCAGCAGCAACAGCAAGAGACGCGCAUGCAAUGCAUGCAGUCAUCAGGGCUUACGACUCGUUGCUGCGCAGAGAAGAGGCUAAGUUGCAGCAGCAGCAGCAGCAGCAGCAGCACGGGGAAGAAGACGCGGCAGAGGCAGCGCCUGCUGCUGCUGCUGCAGCAGCAGCAGCAGACGAGAUGGAAGUUGAAAUUGAGUCUAUAGAGCUCCUCAGCAAACAAACCGCAGCUUUUCUGAGGCGCAGAGUUGCUGCCUUCCGCCCAGACCCCGGAGACAGCAGCAGCAGCAGCGUCAGCAGCAGUAGCACCAGCAGCAGCAGCAGCAGCAGUAACAGCAGUAGGAGUGGCAGCCGAAGCCCCAGGGUGUAUGUAGACUUCAUGGAGUUAAAAACUGUGGAGGAUCUGCUUGCUACUGAUGGCCAGGAGCAGCAGCAUCAGCAGCAGCAGCAGCAAGAGCAGCAGCAGCAGCAGAAGCAGAAAGAGGAGGAGGGUCCCGCCCAGAAGCCAAGCACUGCAACAGAGCCGUCCUCGCUCUCGCUGCCAGCCUCUUCAGCAGCAGCAGCAGCAGCUUCGCCACCUGGCCCGCUGUCUACGGCAGCAGCAGCAGCAGCAGGAUCUGCUGCUGCUGCUGCACCUGCAUGCACUUCUGCGGUAGCUAGCUCCCCCCGCGUGGCUGGAGGUGCUUUGCUGCCUGCUGCUUCUUCCUUUGGCGGCUCGCGAAGCAGCGCGAGUCUUAGCAGCAGCAGCAGCAGCAGCAAGGCACUAGCAGCAGCAGCAGCAGCAGCAGGAGGGAUGCUGCUGCCUGUUGCUGCUGCUGCAGGCGGUGUCGGCGUUGCUUCUGCUGCGGGCAGCAGGGACACAGUGCAGCUGGCAGGUCUGCUGCUGCUGUCUCCGGAGGUUGCUGUUGCUGCAGCAACAGCAGCAGCUGCUGCAGGUGCGGAGGGCGCAGCAGCAGCAACAGCAGCCGGCUCGGGAGCAGCAGCAACAGCAAUGCUGCAGCGGCUGCUGCCUCCCGCCGGCAGCAGCGUAGAUCUCGUAGCAGCAAACCACGCAGCAACAGCGUGUGGGGCGCUGCUGCUGCAGCAGCAGCUAUCUCUGCACCGCGCGCUGCUGCUGGACCGCCUGGAGCAGCAGCAGCUGCUGCUGCCCCCCCGCAUCUCCGAAUCCCCAGCAGCAGAGCUGCUGCUGCUGCGCCGCUAUUUUGCUGUUGCUCGCUGGGGCUCUCUUGUCAGCUGCAUGCGCCGCGGCCACAGAGACCUUUGCAGCCUUUACUGCAGCGGCGAGUGUUCUCCCAGCAAGCCCUGCAGCAGCAGCAGCAGCAGCAGCAACGGCAGCGGCGGGGAGGGAGCAGCAGCAGCAGCCAGCAACGCAGGAAGAGCUGCUGGCAGCAUCAAGCGCGUCGGCCAGAGACCCUCUGCUGCAGGUGCUGCUGCUGCAGGCGGCUCCAAAGCAGCAGCAGCAGCAGCAGCAGCAGCAGAGAGCAGACAGUGGGGCGGCUCUGGUGCCUUCGGGAACGACAGCAGCAACCGCAGCAGCGAACCCAAGCGCAAAAGCAGCAGCAGCAGCAGCAGCAGCAGCAGCAGCAGCAGCAGCAGCAGCGGCGACGGGGGGGGUGAUGGCGAGGGUUUGGGAGACAGCGGGGGCUUCUGCUGCGUCUGCUGGUGCUGCAGCAGCAGCCCAGUGAAUCGUUUGCUGCGCUGCAGCUGCUGCCAGGUGUCUGUACACCGGCACUGCUACUGCGCAAUCCCGUACAGCUUGAGCGGCUCCCGGGGCGCGGCCGCUGCUGCUGCUGCUGCUGCUGCUGCUGCUGCUGCUGCUGCGCCAAGCGGCGAGGGCUGGCUCUGCAUGCGCUGCGACUGGGAAAAGAGACUUGUGGGGCUGCAGCAGCAGCGCAGCAGCUUCAGCUUAUCAACAGCAGUUUGCUGCGUCUGCGGCAGGAAGGGGGGGGCUUUCAAAAGGGCCCUCUCGCUGCGCCGCAGUCAGCUCCAGCAGCAGCAGCAGCCGCCGCAGCAGCAGCAGCAGCAGGGGUUUUGGGACGCGGAAGAAGCAGCAAAAAGCGACAGUGUUGAAAUGCUGCACCUGCAGUGCGCGCUGUGGCUGCUGCCAGCAGCGAGGUGUCUAGACACCUUGCGGCUGGAGCCCUGGUGCUUGGCGGGGGUGCCUUCUGCAGCAGCAGCAGCAGCAGCAACGCAGCAGCAGCAGCAGCAGCAGCAGCAGCAGAGGCAGGAGGUGCGCUGGCUGCAGCAGGGCUUUGUCUGCUGGUCGGGGGCCCCUGCUGCUAUUUGCUGCGUCUGCCGUGUUGACGUAGGAGUUGUCAAGCGCUGCAGCAGCAGCAGCAGCAGCAGCAGCUGCUGCUGCAACAAAUUCGUUCAUCCGUACUGCGCCUGGCUGAAUGGCUUCUACGUCCGCGUGUGCUGCAGCCAGAGGCCCUUUGCUGCAGCAGACUCCACCCAGCAGCAGCAGCAGCAACAGCAGCAGCAGCAGCAGCAGAGGGUCAUCGAUCUCGAUGAGGAGGUCCCAGUCCAGGCCCCAGAGGGAGAAGGCACAGAAGCCAAACACAGCAGCAGCAGCAGCAGCAGCAGCAGCAGCAGCAGCAGGAUAGGCCUCACAGAGGACCCCUUGCUGCAGCAGCUGCUCAUCGAAGUUUUCUGCCCGCAGCACACCCCGGCCUUCGCAGCCCACAGGCAGCAGGCGGAGCAGCAGCAAAUCCGCCUCGAGAGGGCCUCGCUUUCGGGGGGUUUGACUUUGUCGCGGCCGCCCUAUGGUGCUGCUGCUGCAGAGCAGCCUGCUGCUGCUGCUGCUGCUGCGACAGAGAAAACAGCUGCAGCUAGCAGCACCAAGCGCAGCGGCGGCAGCAGCAGCAGCAAGAACAAAACCGCAGGCAGCAGCAGCAACAACAGCAGCCUCAGGCAGCGCACGGUGGACGCCGAAGCAGCAGCAACAGAAGCAGCAGCAGCAGCAGCAGCAGCUCCCCAGCCUGCAGCAACAGCAGCGCCCCCCGCAGCAGCACCAAAGGAAACACCAGCUGUAGCAGCAGCAGCAGCAGCACGCGAAGACACCCCAAUGGCAGAGGACAUUUACGCAGACGAUCUGUGCGCUGUCUGCAUGCGCGAGGCUGCUGCGGGUGCGUCUUUGGAGCGGUGUGUGGGGUGUGGGGUGUCUGUACACCUCGACUGCUACGGGGGAUUCGUCCUGGGAUCCAAUUCGGGAGGAGACGAUCCCAACGAUCCCAACGAUCCCAGAGAUCCCAGGCGCUUUCUUUGCGACCCCUGUUUGUGGGGCAUCAACCCCAAACAAGUGGGUUGCCUGCUGUGCCCGCGGCGGGGCGGGGCCUUCAAGACGGCGCAGCCAUUUGCUGCUAGUGCUGCUUUUUGGCGGGGGGCCCACGGCUUCCGCCAGCAGCAGCAGCAGCAGCAGCAGCAGCAGCAGCAGCAGCGGGUGGGGGGCAGCUACAGCCCCUCUUUCGUGCAUGCGUUUUGCGCCUUUGUGUCUCCUUCCCCCCCAGUGAAGGUUGUCUGUACACCUGAGCUUUCUCCAGUGUGGGGUUGUGAUCUUCUUGCUGCUGCUUUGGGGCUUCUCGAGGCCCACGAAGCAGCAGCAGCAGCAGCAGCAGCGGGAGCAGCAGCAGCGGGAGCAGCAGCAGCGGGAGCAGCAGCAGCGGGAGCAGCAGCAGCGGGAGCAGCAGCAGCGGGAGCGGCAGCAGCGGGGGCGGGGGCGUCGGCGGGAGAUCCAGCGCUCGCGCUCAGCAUGCGCAGCAGCAGCAGCAGCAGCAGCAGCAGCAAAAAUGUGUGCAGCGUGUGCGGGAGACGGGGGGGGCUGAUGUACCGCUGCUGCUGCCGCUUGCUGCUGCCGGCAGCAGCAGCAGGAGCAGGAGC